GAAAUGGAGGAGUUGCUGGUAGAUGUCGAGGAGACAUCUGCAGCAGGCUCUCCACCCGCAGCUGACGCGACCUUGGCCCUAAGCGGGGAUGCGUUUGCAAUCGGAGAAGCAUUAGUCGAAUCCAUGGAGAACGAUGGAUUUGUGACCCUCGGCGAAGACGAUGAGGGCGACGAUGAGGCGGAGGAUGAGGAGAGUCCUGAUGUGGAUGACUGGAAAGCAGUCACAGAAGCCGAAGAUCUUGGCGAGGAGGAAGUGGAGGCCGAUGAUGAAGAUGAGGACGAGGAUGCAGAUGAGGAUGAGGGCACCGCCCUCAGGGAGAUUCUCGUGAAUGAGUCGGACGAGUAUCAGCCUGGCACCACCAUGGACGAUGUAGGCCAGUGUGAUGGCGAUGACUCGCCGCGGCCCAUUUCCAGGGAGACGCCAGUGGUAGAUGAGGACAUGCUGAUGGCUGCAACAGCUCCUCUGCUGAUCGAUGGUCCGGCCAAGAAGAAGCGGAAGAAGAAAAAGAAGAAGAAGAAGCGGCGACACAGCAAGACUGUUGCGGUGGAGGUGCUGGCAGAGAAGAAGCCACCAGUUCCUCGCUUCCCGCACCCGAUUGGCCCUAAGCCGGAGAAGGAGGCAACGACCCCUCCUCAAGCGGCGCAGACCGCAAGCGAGCGGCCGCCACUGCGGGAGCGCUUCACAAAGCAGCUGCUGCUCGGCCGCUUCCCAAAGCGGAAGCCCCGGGCUGAGGGAGUCGAUUCUGCUGCAGAAGCAGAUGGUGAGACGGAGCCAGAGAAGCCUGAUGCUGGCAUGGAAACGUCUGCCGCAGAGGACUCUGUGCCAGAGGCGCCCCCGCCGCGACCCCGGCGUGUGCGCCGUGCGCGCAGUGCUGCAGAGCCAAGUGCAGCAAAGCUACGUCCAAGGCUCGCCGGCCCCGCCGCUGAGGAUGAUGCGACGCAAAGCGAAGCUGACAAGGCCAAGACCCUCUCCUUGGCCGUGGUUGGAUCGAAGGCACCGAGGCUGCGCCAUCGAAGCCGUGUUGUGGUGACGAAAUCCAUCUGGAAAGAGGAACCCGACUUCGACUCCGGUUUGGGCGCGCUGUAUUUUUCCUUUAGCUCGAUGAGAAGUGCGGAGGGGCAGAAGGUUCCCUUGAAGAAUCGAGACAAAGUUGUUCGAACGUUGCAUGAGCUCAACAGCAAGGUAGCACUUCCCAUUUGCCGGCACUUCGGGCUGCGAUACAAUUUCUUCUCGGAGCACCAUCCGCAGGCCAAGAAGGCCGGCGUAACCUGCAAGGAGCCCUUGAUUCUCAGGAAAGAAGGCCCGGAUGGGACGGAGAUUCAGGAGACGCGCUACUUGGUGACCAUUCGUCUCCGGCUACGUCUACAUCCAACAAAGGGAGAUCCCCAGACGGAAUUCAUCUCGCGAGGGACGCAGAUCGCCGUCCUCUUGCAUGAGCUCUGCCACCUGAAGCACAUGAACCACGGCAAGGAUUUCAUGCUGUUUCUCCGAGACAUCUUUGCCCAUGCGCACAAGCUGGGCGUCUUUGACCCAGUGUCGAUGUCGAACGAGAUCCCUUCGCCUUGGCCCUGGGAAAAUGUCAUCUUCCAGCGCGCUGGAGAGGUGUCAGAUGAAGAGCUCAUCAAGAUCUUCACAGAGCACCGUGCGGCUCAGCGCAAGGAAACUUCUCCUGCGACGCCUGAGAAGGAUUUGGCUGCUUCCCAGGCUGAGCUGCAGCAGGCCAAGGCGGAUGUGGAGGAAAAGGACAUCGAGGCCAUCAGUACCUCCGCCUCGGAUGCUGCCCCCGAGCCGCCAGCCACGCCGCCGCCUCCACCUCCGCCUCCGCCCCCACCCUUUGCAGGAGCCUUGCCAUCCAUGGUGGCCAGCUUUUCUGCAAAAGGUUGUGCAGACGGAUGUUGCUCACCUCCACUACAAGGCAGCCCGGGCUUUACGGAAAUCGCGUACGGUGAGGGCGAAAGCCGGAUGCCAGGAUUUGAUUCCCCAUCGCCACGGAUUCGACUGCCACCGCUGCUGAGGCCGCAGCUCCACUCGGAACCUUCCCAGUCACCGCUGCCCCGCAGCGAGAGUAGGACCCUCCUCCCGCCCAUCUCAUGA